CAGUGACGGGGAGGAGGAGGAGAAGAAGUCUGGAUCGUAGCUUCGCCACCUGGAGUUUGUGAGGACUGAGUCUGAUCCACGCGCGCACUUCACCCGCAAACAUGUGCGACUUUCCGUGGUGAGAGCGCGGGACUCAUCGCCCCUCCACACACACACACCUUUCUCUGUGAGACGGCGCGGCAACUGCGUGGAUACAUACAUGAAUGCAUGCAUGGGUGAAUGAAUGAGUGGAUGAUGGAUGGAUUCCGGGACGCGCAGGAAUAAUCACGCAGUGAACUGACGGAUCCUCGCGCUGCUUCUUCUUCUGUCUGGAGUUUUUUUUCUUCGCUUUUGUUGGAAUAGUUUCAUCCACUGCUGGGAUCGCGUGUCAUUCCUCGGGGCCGUGGGGCACCUGCUAUGAGCGUGGCGGCGUGGAAAAUACCUGGUGGAAGAAGGUGUUCAUGAUCAGCAUCAGCAGCAGCAGCAGCAGCGGGAUCCAGGCUGGGAGGACAGAGAUAAAGCUGCGCUUCUUCUUCCUCUUCAUUUUCUUCUCUAUUUCUUCUCUGGUUUGUGCGUAAUGUUCGUGGAAUGAAAACAGAGGAUGGAUAUAAUCUGGGAAAUACUCCUCAUCCUUCAAGCCAAUUUUAUUGUCUGCAUAUCAGCACAACCGCAUCAACCGAAAAUUCACGAAGGAUGGUGGGCUUACAAGGAAGUGGUGCAGGGCAGCUUCGUACCAGUGCCGUCGUUCUGGGGCCUGGUCAACUCCGCCUGGAACAUGUGCUCGGUCGGGAAGCGGCAGUCGCCGGUCAACAUCGAGACCAGCCACAUGAUCUUUGACCCCUUCCUCAAGCCCAUAAAGCUGAACACCGGUGGACGCAAGGUCGGAGGGACGAUGUACAACACAGGUCGACACGUGUCUCUGCGUCUGGACAAGGAGCAUCUGGUGAACAUCUCUGGAGGACCCAUGACGUACAGCCACCGCCUGGAGGAGAUCCGGCUACACUUUGGCAGCGAGGACGGUCAAGGCUCCGAACACCUGCUCAACGGACAAGCCUUCUCUGGAGAGGUUCAGCUGAUCCACUACAAUCAUGAGCUGUACACAAAUUACACAGAAGCUGCCAGAAGCCCCAACGGACUCGUCAUAGUGUCCAUAUUCAUGAAGAUUGCCGAGACGUCCAACACAUUCCUGAAUCGAAUGUUGAACAGAGACACCAUCACGAGAAUAACGUAUAAAAAUGAUGCGUAUCUACUGACCGGCCUCAACAUAGAAGAGAUUUACCCAGACACGAGUAGUUUUAUAACGUAUGACGGAUCGAUGACCAUCCCUCCGUGCUUCGAGACGGCCACUUGGAUCCUGAUGAACAAGCCGGUUUACCUCACACGCAUGCAGAUGCACUCGCUGCGCCUGCUGAGUCAGAACCAGCCAUCUCAGAUCUUCCUCAGCAUGAGUGACAACGUCCGCCCGGUGCAGCCGCUGAACAACCGCUGCAUCCGCACCAACAUCAACUUCAGCGUGCAGGGCAAGGACUGUCCCAACAACAGGGUGCAGAAGCUCCAGUACCGAGUGAACGAGUGGUUGCUAAAGUAGCCUGAGCAUGGAAGAUGGAGAUGGAGAGAGGAAAGGAGGGAGGGAAGGAAGGAAGGAAGGACGGACGUGAACGCUGGUUUUGAAGGCUGCAUCUCAUCAGAAAAAAAAAUGUUCCAUGGCAUUGUACAAAGACGAACAACAGCACCAGACAUUCACCUGGAUUUUUCGGGAGCGAAAACUGACUCGGAUUCUUUUCAUACAUGUUUGAAACCCUCGAUCUGACACAUGCUAACAAGCCCCGCCCCUCCCCUGCCCCGCCCCCCACACUGUACAACUAUAAUAUCUGUUUUGAUACCGAUAAAUAACACUUUUUUGGGGAGAAAAAUAUUCAAAAAAACAAAAAAGACACUUAAAAACAAAAAAAUGAAUAAAAACUCUUAAAAGCAUUUAUGUGAUUGUUUCCUCCCGAUAGCAGGACGACGUCAGGACUUUAAAGCCUUUGUACAUACGAAAUGUCGCGAUCAAAAAAAGAAGAAGAAGAAACACAGGACUAAGUCACUGCCCCGCCCCCAAUCCCCAUGACCACACCCACCCCACCCGCCCACUCUGCCGGUCAAGACUCAGUGGUCCGACCUCGAUUCACGUGGAUGUUUCAUUCCAGUCACAAACAAACAACCAAACAAAGGCAUGCAAACAAACAACGAGAGAAGAAGAAGAAAGAAGGGAAAACUCAGCCUUAUACCGAGAAAAAAAAAACACUAGAGUCACGCCCCGCGGCGUCUCGGCCAUCGUUUGUACAUAUUAUAAUUAUCAAUAAUGCAGAACAAUGAAUAUGUAAAGAAAAAGUCAUGAAUUAUCACUGGAAAAAGAUAUAUUAUUAUUAUUAUUAUUAUUAUUAUUAUAAGAGGAGUUUUAAAAACGCUUGGCGCACUUUUUUGAAUUCUGGAAAUGCGGCUCUCGGUUGACGGAGCCGAUGCCUUUUUAUUUUAUUUGUGUUUAUUUUUUGUUAUGUUUUAUUGUUUACAAAAUGGUCAUUCACUGUGUUUGAGUAAACGUUAUCAGCCCCAAAUAAAUGUGUCGGAAAAAUAAAAAACAAACUAACACACACAGCUGUUAUUUGGGGAGAGGGAAAAAUGCUUCACGGCGAUGACGAGCUGACGUUUGUUGUACCUGUACCUGUUUUGUACUGUUCCAUAUUAAAUGUGUUUGAAAUGUCAA